UGCGUAAAUCUAGAAGCUAAACAUAAGGCUGAGCGCGUGUGCGUCGAAAAAGGAGAGAGAGAGAGAGAGAGAGCGGGAGAGAGUGGUUGAUAAUGAAUCGGAACCGUGGUGCUGGCUAUCAGCUGUGAACUCUGACAUGCAGUCGUCGCCUAGCGUUCGGCAGUCGAGUCGUUCGCGAGCCCUCGGAAAGUGACGCCACUCCCGGCUCUCGCAGAUCUCAGCUCGGGCACCUGACCAGCUAGUCUGUCGCUCGAGGAUUUAGCUGCGACGCGCUUGCGAGAAAGGAAACGCACGCCGAACCUACCGACGCCACCAUGGGACAAUUCACCAAGAGGCAAUGGCUCACGCUCAUCGUCAUCAGCAUCGCCGAUUUCGCCAACGCCGUCUGCGUGUCCCUCCAAGCGCCUUUCUAUCCCCAAGAGGCGGAGAAGAAAGGAGCCACGGCCACCGAGUACGGCCUUGUUUUCGGCAUCUUCGAGCUUGUCGUCUUCAUUAUCAGCCCGAUUUAUGGGCAACGAAUCAACCGAAUAGGGCCGAAGAUUUUAUUUAACGGAGGCAUCCUAACGACGGGCACGUGCGCAAUAUUCUUCGGCCUGCUGGACAAAGUUGAGGGUCACUACCCGUUCAUCAUACUAUCGUUCGUCAUUCGUAUAAUCGAGGCACUGGGCAACGCGGCCUUCCUGACCGCCAGCUUUGCGAUCAUCGCCAUGGAGUUUCCCGACAACGUCGCAACCACGUUCGCCAGUCUCGAGACCUUCUUCGGACUCGGUCUGAUCGUCGGGCCCACCGUCGGAGGAGCUCUCUUCCAGAUCGGUGGCUACACCACGCCGUUCGCAGUGCUGGGUUCCGCCCUCUUCCUCGCGGCGGUCAUGACUGCCUUCGUGCUGCCGGUCCAUCACGAGAGGGACAUGGACAGCCAGAGUUCCGCAGGAAAGUUCAUGAAGGUGCUGAGGAUACCGGGAGUCAUGGUUGCCACGGCCUCGAUCAUCGUCACGAGCAUGAGCAUCGGCUUUCUCCAAGCCACCCUGGAGCCCCAUCUUCGGAAAUUCGAUCUGAGCCCGGUCGUGCUGGGCCUCAUGUUCGUCAUCAACGGCGGCACAUAUGCGCUUACCGCGCCCGCCUGGGGUUGGCUGUGCGACAAGCACGCUACUCCAAAGAUAGCAACGGUCGCUGGAUGCAUGCUGGUCGUCCUAGGAUUCGGCUUGAUCGGGCCGGCGCCUUUGAUACCCUACGACACGAUCCUCUGGAUGACCAUUCUCGGACUCGUCAUUCACGGCCUGGGAAUGGCGGCGCAGCUCGUUGCAAGCUUCACCGAUGCUCUGAGAAUUGCCAUAGCCAACGGUCUCCCGAAUAAUCUCGAUACUUACGGACUGAUCAGUGGACUAUGGACGAGCACCUUUGCUCUCGGUGCUUUUAUUGGACCCAGUGUCGCCGGUAUCCUGUAUGAUAGCAUCGGUUUUAGACAAGCUUCCAUGUUCAUCGUCAUUCUGCACUUCAUUGUGGGUGUCGCAGCCUUCAUCUUCGUGAGCUGCUGCGAGCGAGGGCCCAAGCCGUACACCGAGCUGAGCGCUGCCGAGGAUCUGCGAGUGUCGAUGGCCGACAGCGGCCGCAUAUCGCACUCUCAGAGCACCAGCCUGAUCGCUGGGAGUGCAGUCCACGGCGGACCGAACGGCGUGCCGAUCGAUCGGCCAAGCGGCAUGAACAGUCUUAUCGCCUGCAACAGCUACUCCAAUCGCACGAACGCUUGGUCCAGGGCGUCCUACAGUGGCCGACACCUCAAUAGCUACGGUAGCUUCGACGCCAAAACUUAUCUCGAGCGCACCACUUGAGAUCUUCCGACGCGUCGACGUAGAUUUUUAAGUGUGUUUAUUUUUGCUCGUACGUUAGGCAGCUCGUUCGCUCGCUCGUGCGUUCGCUUCAAACGUGCACUUUGCCAUCGUGGGUGCAUUGGCCUUGGUAUGCGCGCGUGUACGUGUGUGUAGCGACGCGAGUGAUCGAGUGCAAUGGUCGAUCGAAAGUUUUAUCAUUUUUAGGAAAUGCUCACGCGGAUUCAUCGUGUCGUUGUCCAUGAGCAUCAAUUUCGAUCUUGCGCCUUUGAGGCAAAAGCGACGAGCGCGUGGCGUUGGAAAUUUUAUCAAUGUACACACGUUCAUGUGUAUAUACGCAAAGUGUAAAUAAUCCGAGCAAUUGCCCUGCACUAAUUGAACGCCUCUUUUUGUUCGCCGUCUCUCUCUCUCUCUCUCUCUCUCUCUCUCUCUCUCUCUCUCUCUCUCUCUCUCUCUCUCUCUCUCUCUGUCGUCUUUAUUGAUUGUUUCUUUUUCGAUCGUCGAUGAAAGUGCUCAAGCGAUCGUCUUUUUAGCGCGGAUGAUUAAUAACAAUGUACUUGCCUUUUGCGAAUCUCUGUAUUUAUUGAGUCUCUCUUCCCCCUGUGUUUCUAGGUAAGUGUGUAAAAAACGAAAUACAUAUCCUCUUUUCAUAAAAACAUAA